ACCGCGAUUCCCACCCCCUCCCGGCCGCACCAUGGCCCUGAAGGCCGAGGGCGCCGCGCUCGACUGCUUCGAGGUGACGCUCAAAUGCGAGGAAGGGGAGGACGAGGAGGAGGCCAUGGUGGUGGCCGUAAUUCCGCGGCCCGAGCCGAUGCUCAGAGUGGCCCAGCAGGAAAAGACCCCACCACCUAGGCCCAACCUGCUGGAGGCGGGCGGCGACGGCUGUGAGGAGCCCAGGCAGCAGGUGUCUUGGGAACAGGAGUUCCUGGUGGGAAACAGCCCAGGAGGCAGCGGGCGGGCACUGUGCAUGGUGUGUGGGGCCGAGAUCCGGUCCCCCUCCGCGGACACGGCGCGCAUGCACAUUCUGGAGCAGCACCCUCACACCCUGGACCUGAGCCCUUCGGAGAAAAGCAACAUCCUGGAGGCCUGGAGUGAGGGGGUGGCCCUUUUGCAAGACGUCAGAGCUGAGCAGCCUUCUUCACCCACCUCGGACUUGGGCCAGGAUGUCGAAGCUGACCCAGACUCUGACCCAGACCCUGCCAAAAUGCCAGCAGAGAUUGUUGUCCUCCUGGACUCUGAGGACAACCCAUCUCUCCCGAAAAGGAGCCGGCCCAGGGGACUCCGCCCCCUCGAGUUUCCUGCUGCCCCUGCCUCAGAGCCAGGAAACAAGAAGCCCCGUGGCCAGAGAUGGAAGGAGCCUCCUGGGGAAGAGCCAGUUAGAAAGAAAAGAGGCAGACCCAUGACCAAAAACUUGGACCUGGACCCAGACCCUGACCCAGACCCCCCAUCACCCGACUCCCCCACGGAGACUUUUGCGGCUCCCGCUGAGGUCCGGCACUUCACCGACGGCAGCUUCCCCCCUGGCUUCGUCCUCCAGCUCUUCUCCCACACCCAGCUCAGGGCCUCAGACAGCAAGGACUCACCCAAAGAGGGGAGAGCUGCUGAAGGGGGCCUUCCCCAGCCGGAAAGCCCCUCUCCAGCUCCCCCUCCGGGGCUUCGCGGGACACUGGAUCUCCAGGUUAUCCGCGUACGGAUGGAGGAGCCCCCGGCGGUCAGCCUCCUGCAAGACUGGUCCAAGCACCCCCAGGGCGCCAAGGGUGUGGGAGCAGGUGACACCCCAAACUGGCCUACGGUUCUGUCGGAAUCCAGCACCGCUGUCGGGGGGCAGCCAGAGGCAGGGAGUGGUGUAUAGGUUCUUGCUUUCCUGGGGAGGGGGGGGGGGAAGAGGCAGGGUCCCCCUUUGGCUUAUCACUCAGAGCUGCCCAGCUUGGCCACCUGAUGGAGAGAGUAAAACUGGGUGCCAGGGCAGGCUGGAGGACAGGAAGUGGGGGGGCAGCAUCCACUGUCACUCGGGGGCAUUGGCAGACGCUCCCGGCAAGGCAUGGGGCCGGGCCCUGAGAGGGGCAGGCUGGCCUGAGGGCAGUCGUGCGGUAGGGCAUUGGGCCUGUGGAGAACACCUACCCCAAUCCUUUUGCUGACCCAGACCUCUCCGUCCCCCCUCUCAGCCCCCACCAUUCUCCCUUGGCACAGUGCCUUACACAAGAGGUGGUCAUGAUGGGGUUUGAACUGAGUCCCACUACCUCGGGGGACGCCUCUCCUCCCCCACCCGUUCAGGCUCCUAAACCAGGAGGCCUCCAUUACCUCUUCCCGUUCCAUCCCUGCAGGAGGCCCAAGCAGCCCACCUGGGGGCUUUUGUUCACUCCCUUCUUUCACCUGUUUUCCUGUUGUAUAUAUCUCCUUUGUUGACAAUAAAUUAUUUUUUUUUAUUAAG